GAAUGGCUGAGGAGACGCAAAAAGUUGUUGCCCUCGAAGAGGAAUCGGCCGUCAAGAAGGCGAAAGAAUGUGCCAUCAUUCGCGACGAUGCUCAGCGUGAUUUGGAUGAAGCAUUGCCGGCUUUGUACGAAUCAGUUGAAGCCUUGAAGGCUCUAAAUAAAAAUGAUAUCACCGAAGUUCGCGCCAUGAUGCGUCCACCGGAAGGCGUUCGUCUUGUCAUGGAGGCAGUCUGUAUUCUGAAAGAGAUAAAGCCAAAGAAAGUGCCCGGCGACAAACCGGGCACAAAAGUGGACGACUACUGGGAACCAGGAAAGACACUUCUUCAGGAUCCGGGCAAGUUUUUGGACAGUCUACUCAAUUUCGACAAAGAAAACAUUCCUGAUGCUGUAGUGCAAAAGAUGAGACCCUACAUAGAAUCGGCCAGUUUCUCGCCCUCUGCAAUUGCCAAAGUGAGCAAAGCCUGCACCAGCAUCUGUCUCUGGGUGCGCGCCAUGUACAAGUAUCACAUGGUAGCACAGAAUGUGGCGCCAAAACGAGAAGCCUUGCGAGCCUCUGAAAUUGAGCUCGAGGAGACAGAACAAAUGUUGUCCGAGUCUCGGGCUCGCCUGAAGGCGUGCGAACAGCGGAUUGUCAAUUUGCAGGCCAAAUAUGAUGAAUGCAUCCGUCGGCAAAAGGAGUUGGAGGACAAAAGUCAAUUAUGCGAGGCUAGACUGUUGCGGGCCGACAAACUGAUCGGUGGACUCAUCAACGAGAAGGCUCGUUGGCAAGAGACAGUCAGCUCGUUCAACCAACUCUUGGACAAUCUGGUCGGCAAUGUUCUCUGUUCGGCCGGCUCCGUUGCCUAUUUGGGACCCUUCUCCUGGGAGUACAGACAAGCAAUGUCUUCCGAAUGGAUACAGAAAUUGAACUCUCACUCAGUGCCUCAUACCAUGCAGCCGAUGCCCACUCUCGUGGACACUUUUGGCAAUCCAGUAAAGAUUCGUAACUGGCACAUAGCCGGCUUGCCAAAAGACAUGUUGUCCAUUGAAAAUGCUGUUAUUGUACAGUUUUCUCGACGUUGGCCUCUCUUCAUCGAUCCUCAGGGUCAGGCAAACAAAUGGGUCAAGGCGAUGGAGGCUGAGCGAGGUCUGAUUGUGAUAAAAAUAUCAGAGAAGGAUUUCUUGCGUAGCCUUGAGAAUGCUAUUCGAUUUGGAAAGCCUUGUCUUCUCGAGAACAUCGGUGAAGAGCUUGAUCCAGCCCUCGAGCCGAUUCUACUUAAGCAGACCUUUAAGCAACAAGGUGCUCUAGUCAUUCGGUUGGGUGAUGCCAUCAUUCCCUAUCACGACGAUUUCGCAUUCUAUAUAACCACUAAACUGCCCAAUCCACAUUAUAGACCGGAAGUUUCGACCAAAGUGACUCUUGUUAACUUCACUCUUUCUGCCAGCGGUCUGCAAGAUCAACUACUCGGGCUUUCAGUUGCUGAGGAGAGACCGGAUCUGGAGGAAGCAAAGAAUCAGUUGAUUGUUAACAAUGCGAAGAUGAAACAAGAGCUCAAAGAGAUUGAAGAUCGCAUCUUACAGCGUCUCAGUGCUGCAGAAGGUUCACCAGUUGAUGAUGUCGAUUUGAUCCAGACAUUGGAGGCGUCCAAACAGAAGUCAAACGAGAUUCAAGCUAAAGUUAUUGUGGCCGAUCAGACGGAGAAGGACAUCGACGAGACUCGCAGCAAGUACAUUCCAGUGGCAGUUCGAACACAGAUCCUCUUCUUCUGUGUAGCUGAUCUGGCAAGCAUUGAUCCCAUGUAUCAAUACUCACUAGAGUGGUUUAUCAACAUAUUUUUGAACGGAAUCGUCACAUCAGAGAAAGCC